AGAUCUGCUUGGCCCUGGGAUUUGCUGAGGCGCUUGGGAAACUGAAGCUGGGAGCUUAUCUAAUCUGGAGCCUAUCCCACGGGCCUUAAUUUAUUAUCUGGAAAUUUGGAAAACGCAAGUAUCGCUAAUUAAAAACAAGAGCCAUUUGUGUAUCACGGUUAGCGCAGAUUUAUUCCUGACGACACAGUAAACUCAGCACAGAUUGGAACCAGCUGCCCCAGCUGUGAGUACCUGAGUUUCCCCUCCACGUCUCCGGGUUGAGGCCUCGGCUGCUGUCACACUGUGAGCCUCUCUGGCCAAAGCUACAGCUCAGCACUGUCCUUGCUUACACAAAUAAAUAAAUGCUGCUGGGCAAGGGCCGGCAAGAGUGCUCGGUCAUGGAAAACCUGAGAGGCAAAUCAAUCUAUUUAAUACGUGAUUGAUUCCUCCAGCGCAGGGAGGAAGCGGGAACGGAGGCUUACAGAUGUAGAGGAACACAUUUCAUUUGAAAACUGCUGUCACUGCUUGAGCCUCAGCGGAGGCCACAGGGACGGAGUGGGGCAGAGCCCGGGGAAGGGCUGGGUGAAUAUUGCCACUUUGGGCCCACACGCCUCCCCCUGGGCAGUCUGUGCGCCCCGUGCUGCUCUGUAGCCACUCAGUCACUUGGAAAGGGGCCAGCUCUGAUUGAUGCCCCAGCUCUGCAGAGUCUGCUUUGCACUGAGCUCUGUGCACAGACAGAUAAAUCAUUGUCCUUCUCCUUCCCAGCAGCUGUGAAGGGUGCUUCCUCCGCAGGCCUUGAGAUGCUUAUCGCAGGGGUCAGGGGGAGAUCUGAACUGAAAAUACUUUCCAGCGGGAGCCCUUUGGUUUCUGCCUUUGCAACUAUGGAAGCUGCAUAGCCAGCUUUUCCACCUGCAGUCUGAUCAUAUGCAGUCAGACAAAAAUUACCGUAGGACACGGGUUGAAAUGAGCAUUUGGCAGCAGAGGGAAAAGUCUUUCUAGUAACCUGCUUGUUUCUUUUACGCCUCAUUUUUCUCUUGAGCAGCUCAGCUGCUCACCACAGCACUUGCUCUGUCAGAGAAGUCACACCCAGCCAGGACACCCAUGCUGCAAGGGAUUUGGCUGCACUGUUUUCCCCAUCAGCUAUUGCAAUCACAAACAAAAGAGUGAAGCUUUUUUUGCAGCAGAGCAGGUUACUUUCAACGCGCUCCAGCUGCGGUACGGUCACCAAUAAGAGGCACUGUGUGCACCUUGACCCUGCUGAGAUCUAACCUAAAAUCAGCUGCAUCUCCUCUGCACAGAGGAUGCUCUGUUGGCAGGUGCUGGAGAAACAAAUUCUCAGGCAGAAAUUACUCUGCAAGAUGAAGAACGCUUUGGCUUUAUUACUCCAUAAAAGAGCAUCGAGCCAAGAUCCAGUCAACCAAAAUAGCAAACAGAGCACAUUCGAUGAUGGGCAGACUGCUGAGCUUUCUUUCACAUCCAUCCAUUACAUUUUGCAGACCAGUUCUUCCCACCAGGAUGAUCAGCACUGCCACAAUCAGCGGGUUUUGCUAAGAGUAACACUGAUACAGCCUCUCCAUGCCCUUAACGUAACAUAAGAGACGCUACACACACACAAAUUAUUUGUUCUCUUCUGCUACCACUGAUACACCGUCAGCAUUUUCAGCUGGCUGAAUCACUUCUAGUCACUGCCCCAUGGUAAGCUCAUGGCUGCAUUUAACUCUGCUCACAGCUGUGUUGCAGUAAACAGCAAAUUAGCUCCUGCUCUCAGUUUGCAAAAGUCCCAGGAGCUUUUACAGCAUCGCACACAGAGCAGGAAAAACAGUGCAAGAAAAGAAUCUCGCUGAGACACAUGCUCACUUACCUGCUGGGAAUCUCAGAGGCACAGCUGACAACAGCCUGCCACAGUGACCACGUACAGGGCAAGGAGAGCUCAGGUUUGCCAAAUUUAAAGGAUUGGCCCCAGCAAAGCAUGAUGGGUGAGGGAGAAAGUCCUCUGCUGAGCAUGGAGAGGCCAGCAGAGCUGUGCUGAGCCAGGCUGCCUGUGCCUGCAAGAGGCUCUGGUUCUGAAGCACUCUUGAAAAUGACUUUUGUGACAGUCACAGGGUGAGGAACUUGGACCUAAGCCGACUUAUGCACAAAGAGGAAUUUAUUCCCUGUGAUACAGCUCCGCCAAAGGGCAGAUGCAUCCCCCACCCUCCCCUUCCCUGCAGCCAGGCGCCGCAGCUUUCCUGCUGCUCCGUGCUGGCUGGCAGCUGGGGCUGCUGGCGUGUCUGAGCUGGGCUGGCAGAACGCUCACAGCUCGGGCUGCAGCCAGGCUGACUGCCACGCAUGUCGUGCCCGGCAGCCCUUCUCCGUGCCAUGCCACGAGAUCCCAGAGGCACCCAUCCCCUGGAGGCGGGCCGCCAGGUUCCCCAGCUAACCGUUCUCUGUUUCUGUCAGGACAGUAGUGAGGCAGCGGAUGGAGCUGGCCCCUGGGAUGAAGAAGUUACCAAGUGGUGGGGAGAGUGGAGCUCCUGGUCCACCUGCUCGCGAUCCUGCGGGGGAGGCGUGAUGUCCCGGGAGCGGCACUGCCUGCGCCAGCGGCUCCAGAUGCCCCAGGUAACAAACAGCACCAUGUGUGUUGGCCAAGCCAAGCACUACCAACUGUGCCAGCAGCAGCCCUGCCCAGCCAACACAGCAAGCUUCAAACAACAGCAGUGCUCCAGUUUCAAUGCCAAAGCCUUUGGGAAGCGGUACUACCACUGGAUGCCCCUCUAUCCAGAUGACUACACCAGCAUCUCCAACAAGCCGUGUGACCUGCAGUGCACCACGCGGAAUGGAGAGAGGCAGCUGAUGGCCCGAGCACAGGAUGGUACCUCCUGCAAGGACAGGACCUACCAAGGGGUCUGCAUCAAUGGAAAGUGUGAGCCCGUGGGGUGCGAUGGGAGCCUGUAUUCGCCCCGGACCAUGGACAGAUGCAGGGUGUGUGGAGGGGACGGCAGCACUUGUCACCGUGUCUCAGGCAGCUUCCGAAAGGCAAUCUCACAGAUAGGUUACGUGUUCAUCACCAGCAUCCCCGCCGGCGCCAUGGACAUCCUCAUCAUGGAGCGCAGGAAGACAGAAAACAUCCUGGCACUCGCGGAUGAAUACGGGCAUUUUUUCUUCAACGGCAACUCUGCCAUUGACAACCCCCAGAACUUCAGGGUAGCUGGCACGGUCUUCAAGUACAGGCGGCCUUCCAGUCUGAAUUCAGAUGGGCUGGAGUACAUCAUGGCUCACGGGCCCACUAACCAGUCCCUGAAUGCCAUGUACUAUAACUUUAAUGGGAAAAUGCCACACAUAACUUAUGACUACACUGUACCACGGACACCACCACCUCUCCGAACCGCAGCCCCCGCUGUAGACAGACCUCGUUAUCAUCACCUACUAGAGACCAGCCAGAGCCAUCCUGCUCCAGCCAACUUCAGAGCUGUCAAGGACUCCAAUGCCACAUGGCUUUCCCUGUCACCAGAUGGCACCAGCAAACAGCUUCCUCUAAAAGAAAGGCAUGAAGAUUUAGGCUUCAGCCACCCACACUUCUUCCACACCAACUCCACUAGUCACCCCCGGGGCUGGGGCUGGGAACAAGGUGAAGAAAAGGAGAAGUAUGACUUCCACAUAAGACAGGUCUACCAUGCAAACACAGCAGGAGAAGAAGAAGAGGAAGCAGCAGCAAUUGGUGGAGAAACAGAAUUGGCCCUCAGAUUCAAUCAGAUUUCCAUCAGCACGCCUGUACCCUACAGCAUGAGGAGAGCUGAGCUGUCGGAGAAUGGCCACGUAGCAUCCUCCAGGCUUCGUCUCUUCAGGCGGCUGUGCCACCGGGACCCGCACCACGCUGCCUUCUGCAGGGAGCUGCAGUACCUGGCCUCCAGGCUGGCCCAGAGGAACGUCACGGCAGGACUAUGGGCUGAGACAGCUGCCCGGUGGCCACAGGGCCUUCACAAAGCACCGUCCCGUAAGAACUCCCUAGAGGACUUGAAGAUGGAGACAUUCGCUGGGAGUCAGGGGAAAGCGAGAAACUACAGCGUGAUGGCAUCCGUGGGGAGCUCUCUGCUAGGUGCCAGCACAACCGCGGACGUCGGCCAGGCAGAGCCUCUGCAAGCCCCCCGCACUGAAAGCAAUGAGUUUGAUGUGAGCCCCGUGGGCCACGAUGACAUCAGCUUGGCUGACAUGUAUCGAUGGAAGGUCUCAGCUUAUGCCCCCUGCAGCUCCACGUGCACUUCAGCAGGUAUCAGUGCCUCCUAUGCAAUGUGUGUACGGUACGACGGAGUGGAAGUGGACGAAGCAUACUGCGAUGCCCUGACUCGACCAGAACCUACGCACGAAUUUUGCACGGGCAGAGACUGCCAGCCUAGGUGGGAAACAAGCCGGUGGAGUGAAUGCUCCAGGACCUGUGGUGAGGGCUACCAGUACCGCACCGUGCGCUGCUGGAAGAUGCUGGCUCCAGGCUUUGACAGCUCUGUGUACGACGACCUCUGUGAGUCAUCUGGGCUAGCCAGGCCCAUAGAGAGGAAAGCCUGCAAGAACAAGGCCUGUGGACCCCAGUGGGAGCUCUCCGAGUGGUCUGAGUGCUCAGCCCGAUGCGGCACCCAGGGGACGAUGAAGCGGGAGGUGCGCUGCUCGGUGGAAGCAGCCCUCUGCGACGAGUCCCAGAAGCCCAGCAGUGAGAAGGAGUGCACAGGACCGCCCUGCGACCGCCGCUGGACCGCUUCGGACUGGGGCCCGUGCUCAGGUUCGUGUGGUGAGGGACGCAUAAGCCGUUUCGUCGCCUGUCGCAACCUGGAGGGCAAGGUGAUCUCCGACACGCAGUGUGACCCAGCUGCCAAGCCCCUGGCUGUCCAUCCGUGCGGAGACAAGGACUGCCCCGCACACUGGGUGGAGCAGGAGUGGGACCAGUGUGAUGCCAGCUGUGGACGAGGGACGAAGACCCGGGUCGUCUUGUGCGCGGGGCUGGAGAACGGGGCGUACAGGGAGUACCCCGAGAAGCGCUGCGAGGGGUCUCAGAAGCCUGAGGAGCAAGCUGCCUGCUUCAUGAGGCCGUGCUCCACGUGGUUCACUACCUCCUGGUCUCAGUGCAGCAAGACGUGCGGUGCUGGUGUGCGACUGCGCGAGGUGAAGUGCUACCAGGGGGAAGCUCUGGCCCAGGGCUGUGACCCCACUUCCAAGCCAGAAGGCAGGCAGACGUGUCAGCUCCAGCCGUGCCCCACAGAGGCCCCAGAAGAAGACUGUGAAGACAAAGCGACGGCCAACUGCGUGCUUGUGCUGAAGGUGAAGCUGUGCUCUCACUGGUACUACAGGAAGGCUUGCUGCCGGUCGUGCCGCCUCAAGUCACCAUGACUGCUACCAGGCUGUAGUUCCCUUCUGAAUUCAGGGGCGUGAACCUCCCUGAGCCAGACUUUACCACUUGAAGCCACCUCACUUGGCUUGGCCGAGGAGCCAGUCCCUGUAGACCAGCCUGCUCAGUGAGAAAGGACUCCCAGGACUUAGUCAUCACUGCUCCCUCUCCACCGAGAGGAUUUUACUGAAGACAAACCACCAGUUCCUAGAAAGCUACUGAGAAGUGAGUUGGGAAAGCCCGUCCCUGCUGUCAGUCGUCUCUGGAGAGCUCUAGUUGGAGGCGGUGGGGCACAGAGGCCAGGCCCCAGCAGGGCCCAGGCCGCAGCCACCCUGUCCUGCCCUGCAGAUUGCUCUGCUACACGGGCAAUUUCCAAACACAGCCAGAAAAUUCUGUGUCACAAUAAAGAACUAAACUGUCAAA